AUGCACGAUUACCAGGUCAUUGUCCUUAUCGGUCUUUUGUCCAUUGGUCUGUGCUUAGAGUGUCAUGUAUGCUACUUCGCAACGGAUCCAACUCUAUGUCGACACCAUGUAACAUGCAGCUCUGGACAGAGGUGUCGAAAUGUUGUUCAAACUCCUGAAUCAGUUGGUGUAUUUGGCAGACGAAGGGCUGUAUCUGAUGUUGAAUGUUGUCAUACAGAUCUAUGUAACAGAGAUACGUCACAUACAGCAGAACAAAGAUCUACUACAGAAAGCCCAGGAAAUUUAUCAACAGAGCUUCUAACAACAGUAACAAUACCCCCUUCUACUGCAUCUGAAGUCCAAACAAGCACAUCGGACAACUGCUCAGAUCACCCAGACUGCGAUAUCCUCACCCAGGGCUUCAACGCUUGCAACGAUAGUGAUAUUGCGCUCAUAGUUUGCCGAAGGUCAUGUGGCAUGUGUGACGUCACAACAACUACACCACUCUGUAGUGAUGCACACCCAGAUUGUCAGAUCUUGUCAGAUCAUUUAAAUGUUUGUGAGAAUAACAAUUUUGCGAGAACAAGAUGUCCUUGGACUUGUGGUUUAUGCGAUUCCAGUCCCUCUUCCACCAUAUUUUCGACAGUAAGUCCAACAACUGAACAAAAGUCUGGGGCCUGUGAGGAUGGACAUGACUGUGAACUACUGAAAGAAUUAAACAUCUGCGAAAACCCAUUGACAGCGCAACUAUGUCCCGUUUACUGUGGCAUUUGUUUAAAUUACACUCAAAAUUCAACAAUAUCCACUCCCUUUUCGCAGACAACGACGACAAACAUUUCAACAACACUUACAUCCUUAGGAGAAACAACAAUAGAAACAACUGAAUCAACAACAGCGCAAACAACCACACAACCAACAGAACACACAGCAACACAAACAACAGGCCUAACAACAGAGGUUACAUCUACCACAUCUACUAUGACAACUACAGAAGGAUCUAAUGUUAUCCUGAGAAUUGGGAACAAAACCUUGAAAAUUAAAAUCAAUGUCGUUUUCAUGAAAGUAAUUGACUCUCAAGAGGGCAAUCUGCAUGCAUAA